ACAUACAUUAAACGUUUCCCCUUGUUUUUCACUAAAUACUGUUAUUUAAGUUGCUUUUCAGUUGUCAUGGUUACAAUUCUGCGUCCAAAAUGGCGUCCUUGCUCGGGAAGCAUCUCUUUGAAAUCAGCGCUCAGGGCCCACCUCCUCCAAAAGAUUAUUUCCAACUUGUUAUUACCCAAACUGAGGUAAUAUGGAGAUCAUGGAAGAUUUCUGUGCGACUUGAAGCCCGGGGCGCUGCGCCAAAAGAGCUGAAGACAUCCCAUGAAGAUUUCCUACAUAACAAAUCACUGAAGUACGAAAUUGAUGCUGUUUUCGGGCAGAGAAUCCUGGAUUACACAGUAUUACUUUGUGAAGGAAAGUUUGAUUACCUGGAGCGCUUACCGGAUGACAUAUUGCUCAGGAUCAUGUCCUACCUACAGCUGAAAGAAGCAACACUGAUGGCACAGGUUUCAGAUAGAUUCAGAAAGCUCUGCAAUUCUGAGAAGUUUUGGGAGGACACUGUGAGGAAUCGCUGUGCUGAGUUUAACAGUGACAUGGAGGGCAUAGCAAACGCCAUGGGCUGGAGGAAGCUCUUUUUCACCUUUUUCCACAGCAGUGGCAGAAAGGAGCAGCAGUGAAGCACCUGAACAGUUUUCUUACCGUUCUGAAACAACUGAAAAACAAAUGACCGUGGAUGAACAUCAGGAUUCAUUUUACUUUGUGAAACGAGAGCCAGUUUUCAGUGAGGUUUAGUGUUCUUGAGUUUUAACUUUAGUUUUGAGAUAUGUGUUAUGUAUAUCCCAUUGGUUUAAAAGUUCCAAAUAUUCUUCAAAACAAAUCAGUAUUUGUAUGUGUUGCUACUUCCUUGUUACACUUUGGAUGGCAACAAUUACCACCAGUAUUCAAAGAGAGAUGCCGUUACUUACAAGUUAUGUACGUUGCAAAGAGUAUACGUUGUGUAAUAUUACUGGUAUAUUAAA